UGCGAUCAGACCUGGCUCCUCGAGUUGCUGGUUGAGAAUUAUGUGAUUUUUUAAUUUAUUCCCGGGUUUGUUCAUGAUUUAAUUCUCUAUUGUGUAAUUAUAGAUUAUCGAGGUGAAACUUAGCGCCUGGGUUCUCUGCCAUUGGAGGGGAGGGGAAUCUAUGAAAUUAUCUGUUAUCAUAUAUUGGGAAACCACUGAAUAGAGUAGGCUUUUCAUAAUUCAAUGAAGAAAUAGACAAUUGGCAAUUAUCUUAGCCCGACUCGUUUCCCUUGUAUAUAUAUGAAUUAUUUUUUAAACAGUGGUUUAGAGUGGUUCAUGAAGCCCAUCCACGUAAUCCAUAUGUUGGCCAAUGGAAUUGGAUUAAGGCUUGGUUCAGUUGAGACCUCCUCAUUUGGCAAACAAGGUUGCUUUAAUUGUAUCAUGUAACGAUAUGUUUUGUUUUGUCAAAUUUCCUUGGAUGCUUGUGUGAUCUCAGCUAGUGGGUUUCUGCUUUCGGUACUAUCAGCUGGUUAGCUUAGCUGGUGUUUGUAAGAUACAUUGUGUUGGCUUGUUUCUUGGUUGCUAAAGUUUUUGAGAUAACAGUUUACCAAACUGUGAUUCAUUAAUCCUGCCACAGCGGAGAAGUUUCCUUUAUGUAUGUAGGGUCAAUGGCUUCUUCUGCAGACUCAUGGAUGAAGGAAUAUAAUGAAGCAGUAAAACUUGCUGAUGAUAUCAAUGGCAUGAUAUCUGAACGGAGUUCAUUGCCUGCCUCAGGACCAGACGCUCAGCGUCAUGCAUCUGCCAUAAGAAGGAAGAUCACGAUUUUAGGGACCAGACUUGAUAGUUUACAGUCCCUUUUGCUGAAGCUCCCUGGAAAGCAGCCAAUAUCGGAGAAGGAGAUGAAUCGUCGUAAGGACAUGCAUGCAAGUUUGAGGUCAAAAGUUAAUCAGAUGGCUUCAACAUUGAACAUGUCAAACUUUGCGAACAGGGACAGCUUACUUGGCCCAGAAGUAAAGCCAGCCGAUGCCUUGAGCAGAACAGUUGGCCUGGACAACUCUGGCCUUGUUGGGCUUCAACGACAGGUCAUGAAAGAGCAAGAUGAGGGUCUUGGGAAGUUGGAGGAGACUGUCAUAAGUACAAAACACAUUGCAUUAGCAGUCAAUGAAGAACUUGACCUACACACUAGACUGAUUGAUGACUUGGACCAACAUGUUGAUGUUACAGACAGUAGGUUACGGCGGGUUCAGAAGCAUUUGGCGAUUUUGAAUAAGCGCACCAAGGGUGGUUGCUCUUGCAUGUCCAUGCUCUUGUCAGUUAUUGGGAUCGUGGUUCUAGUUGCUGUCAUAUGGUUGUUGAUAAAAUAUCUGUAAUAACAAUGGCAAGCCCUGCCACGUCUCUUUGUUAUGGCGCGAAUCAGGUUUAAUUGUUCAUAUGAUGGUUCUAACAAAAUAGUUGGCUUCUUGUACUUUGGUUCUUUGUUUGUGAAACGGAACGUCUGAGGUGUUAAGAUACUUUCGAACUUUCUUCUGUAAUCGGCUUAUAUAUAAAUAUUAUAUUUUUGAUAAGAAAA